AGAAAAGCAAUCCGUCCAAAAACAAAACGAAGCAGAGUUUGAAAAGAAAACAACAAUUGUAAGAAAUCGACAAACGCAAAGUCGGAUCCUAUUCACUGUUCAGCCGGGUCGGAUCUGUCUCCCCUUGACGGCUAUCCUUUCACCUUUUCACUCCCACUACGUUUCAUCCCCCCUUUCUCUCUCUUCAACUCUCCCUCUCUCUUUCUUCACCCCCCAUGUGAUCAAGUCCCCCCUUUUUGCAAUCACAAAACGGUCCUAGUAUAUUUUGUGUAUCGUUAUCCUCUAUUGCUACCACUCUAUUGAUCGUCAGCUGCUCGCAAUUUGACUUAAUUUCUGCUGAAAUUUCUUACCUUUUUUCAAUUUCUUGCUGUUCUCGGAUCUUUUUCUCGGUCAUUUCUGUUCUAGUUCAGUUGGGCUGCGGCGAUUGAACUGUUGGAUUGGUGCGAAUUGGGAAUCCGGAGCUGAAUUGCGGUGGUCGGUGGUGUUUCUGAUCUGGGUCUUGUUCAGCUUGCUGAGUUGCAUUGCGGCGGUGAUUGGCCUGCUGUGGAGAUCUGGUAGUUAGUUAGGUCAAAAUUGGGGUGAAGUUUGGAUUUUGAGGUACUGAAUUGGGGGAAAUUGAGGGUUUGGAUCCGGUCAGGGAGGAAACAGCGCCAUUAGAUGGCGCUGUUCAGAAGGUUCUUCUACCGGAAGCCGCCUGAUCGGCUUCUCGAGAUCUCCGAGAGGGUCUACGUGUUUGAUUGUUGCUUCUCCACCGAUGUACUUGACGAGGAUGAGUACAGAACGUAUAUGAAUGGAAUUGUUGCUCAGUUACAGGACCACUACCCCGAUGCUGCUUUUAUGGUUUUCAACUUCAAAGAAGGCGAAAGAAGGAGCCAAUUAUCUGAUGUGUUAUCUCAGUAUGACAUGACAGUGAUGGAUUACCCUCGGCAGUAUGAAGGGUGUCCGCUGUUACCGCUGGAGAUGAUUCACCACUUCUUGCGUUCCAGUGAGAGCUGGCUGUCACUGGAGGGCCAACAGAAUGUGCUUCUGAUGCAUUGCGAAAGGGGAGGAUGGCCUGUGCUCGCCUUUAUGCUUGCGGGCCUUCUUCUGUACAGGAAACAGUACACGGGCGAGCAGAAAACGCUUGAAAUGGUCUACAAGCAAGCACCGAAAGAACUUCUUCAUCUCUUGUCUCCUUUAAAUCCCCAACCAUCUCAGCUCAGAUAUCUUCAGUACAUCUCUAGAAGGAAUAUUGGGUCGGACUGGCCACCGUCAGAUACACCUCUGGGUCUGGAUUGUAUUAUUCUUAGGAUCCUUCCUGUAUAUGAUGGUGGAAGAGGAUGCCGGCCAGUAGUUCGUGUGUAUGGUCAGGAUCCUACUUCAAAAACAUCUACUAGAAGUUCAAAGCUUUUGUUCUCAACCUCAAAAGUCCAAAAGAAAAUCCGCUUCUAUCAACAGGAAGAGUGUGAGCUAGUAAAAAUUAAUAUCCGUUGCCGUGUUCAAGGAGAUAUUGUUCUUGAGUGCAUCCACUUGGAGGAUGACUUAGUGAGAGAAGAGAUGAUUUUUAGAGUAAUGUUCCAUACAGCGUUUGUCCGGUCAAACGUUUUGGUGCUGAACCGUGACGAAGCUGAUGUUCUUUGGGAUGCCAAGGAUCAGUUCUCUAGGGAAUUCAAAGCAGAGGUGCUAUUUUCAGAUGCAGAUUCUGUUCGCUCUGUUGUAAACAGCGAUGAAGCAGAAAGUGACGAUGGAAAUGAGACAGAAAAUGCCGGAGCUGAGGAAUUCUUUGAGGCCGAAGAGAUAUUCAGCAGUGCAGUGGAUACUCAUGAUGGCAAGGUGGAAUCGGAGUCUGAUGACUAUGAAGUAAUCACGAAUUCUGAGGUAAAUGAGAGUAACCAGGAGGUUGCCGUGAAGGAUGAUUCCGAUCAUCAUGCAUUCGAAGAUUGUGCACCUGAUGAGGGAAUUCAGAGGCGUGAACGCAAUGAUAGUGCUCUGCGUAAUGGAAAUGCUAAAGUAGAGUCUGGACUUCAUGCUGAUAAAGUAGCUACUGAUGCUGAAACCAAAUCUAUUAAUAGUGGAACGGGUGAUGAGUCUGAAGAUGAAGAAGAGAGUGAGCGAAACGAAGAGGCUCCUCGGUUAAUGAAGAAUCUCGGAAAGCAGGGCCAGGAACAGAAAUCUAGUGUUGAUAGUAAUAAGCCGAAGUUUGAUAGGAGCCUCUCGACUUUAUCUAAAAAGCCGCCUGUUUCAAUUUCCCGAUCUGCUUCUGAUGCAGUCACUACCAACAAAAAAUCUAAGCUUCCGGAUUUGCAGAGCACUCCAGCUAGAGUGGCUAAACCAAAUGCUGUAUCGAAGUGGAUUCCUACUAAUAAAGGUUCUUACACUAGCUCAAUGCAUGUUUAUUAUCCUCCGUCAAGAUAUAACAGUGCUCCGGCAUCACUAACUUCUGGCAAAGAAUCUGCGGCUGGAGGGAAAUCUAAGCCCCCUUUUGUUACUUCAUCUUCAGUAACCACUACAGCUGACAGAGGUAGUAGUGCAUCAGGACGUUCCAGGCAUGCAUCUAGCUCGCCGUCAUUAGAUGCAUUACUGGCUAAAGAUGCUUCUGCUGCAUCUCUACCUUUACCCUCACAGGUGGGAGGUAAAGCUGAAAAUAGCAUAGAAUCUCCAACACCUUCAGAUACACCCCAGCAAUCGCCACCACCACCACCUCCACCUCCACCUCAGGCUAAUUCUUUUCUAUAUGAACCUUCUUCAAUACCUACAGAAUUGUUUCAAGAUGGUGAGGGCAGUGUUCUUUCAUCUCCACCUGCACCUCCUAGCCUCUCACCAAAUGGUGGACGUUUUACUCCUCCACCUCCACCUCCACCUCCACCAUCUGCAAAUGAUGUUACUGUCUUGCCCUCAAGAGUAUACCAGCCACCCCCACCUUCCACACUUCCAUUUCCUCAUACUGCUAUUGUUAGUAAGUUCUCACCUUCCUCUUCCCAUGUUCCAUCCACGGGUACAAGCUUAUGGACAGCUCUACAGGAAGCCAUUCCCAAAACCCCCGCUCCUCCUCCUCCUCCCCCUCCCCCUCCCCCUCCCCAUUCUUCCAAUGUGCAGAAUACCAGUAGAGUGCCUCCGCCUCCACCACCAGUCUCUGGGAGUUCAUGGCAUGCACCUUUAGGAGUAUCACCUCCACCACCCCCACCCCCACCUCCUCCUCCUCCGCCACCACCUCCCAUGCAUGGGCUUCCUUCUUUUCAAUCACAUAGAGCUCCACCUCUACCUGUUGUUCCACCUCCUCCUCCACCACCUCCUUUUUCACGUAGUGCACCCCCACCUCCACCUCCCCCGCCUCCUUCGAAUGGAGCACCACCACCCCCACCUCCGCCUCCACCACCUUCCACCAACCAAAAUUAUUAUCCUUCUCAGAACCAUAGAACUCCACCACCCCCACCUCCCCCACCUCCUUCUAAUGGAGCACCACCACCUCCUCCUCCACCACCUUCCACCUACCAAGAUUAUUAUCCUUCUCAGAACCAUAGAACUCCACCACCACCACCUCCUCCUCCUUUGCGUAGUGCUCCACCUCCACCACCACCACCACCACCACCACCACCUCCUCCUUUUGGUGCACCUGGUGUACCGCCACCGCCACCACCUCCAGGAUGGGGAAUGCCUGCUGGUUCACCGCCUCCUCCGCCACCUCCCGGAGGGAGAAUGUCUGCUCCACCACCACCUCCUGGACGCGGAAUGCCUGCUCCACCACCUCCUCCACCUCCAGGACAGGGAAUGGCUGGUCCUCCACCACCUCCACCACCUCCAGGACGAGGAAUGCCUGCUGGUUCACCGCCUCCUCCGCCACCUCCCGGAGGGAGAAUGUCUGCUCCACCACCACCUCCUGGACGCGGAAUGCCUGCUCCACCACCUCCUCCACCUCCAGGACAGGGAAUGGCUGGUCCUCCACCACCUCCACCACCUCCAGGACGAGGAAUGCCUGCUCCACCGCCGCCUCCCAAUCGAGGAGCUCCACCACCUCCACCUCCUCCUACACGUGGAGCCCCAAUUCCACCUCCCCCACCUUCAAGUCGUGGCCCUCCACCACCUCCACCCAUAGGAGGAGCACCACCUCCACCACCACCUCCUGGAGGUCGUGUUCCUGGUCCACCUGCACCUCCAGGACCUCCGAGACCUCCAGGAGGUGGACCGCCCCCACCUCCUCCAUUUGGUGCAAAGGGACCUGCAACUGAUAGUAAAGGGUUGCUUGCUGGUAGAGGGCGUGGGCUUCCACGUCCAAUGGCAACAGCACCUCGAAGGUCUACCUUAAAGCCACUUCAUUGGAGCAAGGUAACCAGGGUAUUACAAGGAAGCUUGUGGGAAGAAUUGCAGAGAUUCGGCGAUCCUCAAGUGGCACCAGAGUUCGAUGUGUCAGAACUUGAGACCCUUUUCUCUGCUACAGUACCAAAGUCAGAUGCAGGAGGAAAAGCUGGAAGUCGGAGAAAAUCUACUGGAUCUAAGCCUGAAAAAGUUCAUCUGAUUGACCUAAGGAGAGCAAACAACACUGAAAUUAUGCUCACAAAAGUGAAAAUGCCCCUUCCUGACAUGAUGGCUGCAGCACUUACAAUGGAUGAAUCAAUUUUGGAUGCUGAUCAAGUAGAAAAUCUCAUUAAGUUUUGUCCAACUAAAGAAGAGAUGGAACUUCUUAAGGGCUACACAGGGGACAAGGAGACUUUGGGGAAGUGCGAACAGUUUUUCCUGGAGCUGAUGAAGGUUCCACGAGUGGAAUCUAAGUUAAGGGUUUUCUUAUUCAAGAUCCAAUUCAACUCUCAGGCUUCUGAUUUCAAGAAAAGCUUGAACACUGUAAAUUCAGCAUGUAACGAGGUUCGGAGCUCCCUCAAGCUUAAAGAAAUUAUGAAGAAGAUUUUAUAUCUUGGAAAUACAUUAAACCAAGGAACUGCUAGAGGUUCUGCUCUUGGAUUCAAAUUAGACAGUCUCUUGAAGCUCACAGAUACACGUGCAUCCAACAGCAAGAUGACACUCAUGCAUUAUCUUUGUAAGGUGCUUGCUGCAAAGACACCAGCUCUUUUAGACUUUCAUCAAGAUCUUGUUAGCUUAGAAGCUGGCGCUAAGAUACAAUUGAAAUCCUUGGCAGAAGAGAUGCAAGCCAUUAUCAAAGGUUUAGAGAAGGUAAAACAGGAAUUGGCUGCUUCGGAAAACGAUGGUCCUGUAUCUGAAACUUUUCGCAAGACAUUGAAGGAAUUCGUCACCAUUGCUGAGACUGAUGUGGCCUCUGUGACAUCUCUAUAUUCUAUUGCGGGGAGAAAUGCAGAUGCACUAGCUCAGUAUUUUGGUGAGGACCCUGCACGAUGCCCUUUCGAGCAAGUCAUUGCAACCCUCUUGAACUUUGUCAGAAUGUUCCGGAAAGCUCAUGAAGAAAACUUCAAACAAGCUGAACUGGAAAAGAAGAAAGCCCAGAAGGAAGAUGAAAUGGAGAAUGCCCAAGGAUUAAACCUGUCGAAGAGAGCCAAACGCUGAGUUGAAUGCUUUUUAGCAGAGACCCAUAUGGCUGUUCCCAACACUCAGCCUUAUGCCUGUCUACAGUAUAUGACUGCAUACACCACAGGAUGCAGCCAACGAGCCCUCAGCUUUUCUGGAAACCCGGUGCAGAGGGUGCUGUCGAGCCAUCACAAAACCUGAAACUGCAGAGAGAGAAAUAUGAGAAAGCCCGGUGGUUGUUGGGAUGGUGAUUGCAACGGAGAUUUCUUCAUCAGAGGUACGUGUUGAGCCCUCGACAUUGCAGGUUGGACUAAUGAGAACACAUGCUCGUUUUUAUGUGAGAAAACAGUAGCUCUCCCGGUUUUCAGUAUCACCACAUUGAAUCACCAGUCGCCAGAUGAAAGUUGUACAUAAAUGCUAACCCUCUACUUAGAUUUAACACUAAUUCUUUGGUGUAGUUAUAGAAUUCGUUUUGGCUCCUCGCGUUGAAAUGCGUCCUUGUAUAGAACCCGAGUAGAGAGAAUAUAUUAUAUAGAACUAGAAGAGCAUGGUCUAAGAUUUGUAGAUAGAUGAUCUAAUCCAGCAUAGGUUUUUUGGUCUCAUCUGUUUCCGUUUACUUUCAAGAAUUGGAUAAAUACAUUCAUUAGUAAGAAGUUUUCAAGCUU